UCUCUGGAGUGGAACUGAGUAUUUGAAAAGGAUAUCUUUGCUUCAAUGUGUGUGACAGAGGAGUCUGGUGUUUUCCAUUGUCAAACACGUACCAGAUGACCAUCCUUGUAUCAACCCUGAUUCAGAGCAAAGCUAAGUUGCAGGUAAAGUGUCUGUGUGUACUUAUGUUCCUGAGCUUCCCUCUGAUUAUGGCUGAGGUCCCGGGUCCAUGCAGACACUCCAUCACAAGGGAGCACCUGCUGACAGUCAGGCAUCUGAUGGAUAACCAGUUGAGAAGUGGGUGCACGAUAACCUACACAUUCAUAGAACGGAGAAGUUUGAGCAAAUGUUGCUUUGUGAAAGCUGCUUUACCCUGGAUCCUGGAGCUCCUCACCACCCACUUCAAAUAUAGUCGGGGUUCAGUCAAUGAUGGCUAUGUUCAGUCCCUGAGAGCUCUCAUCCUCAACAUCUACUCUCAGAAAUGUGUGCCUCAGAUUAAUGAGGAGGUUGAGGAUAAGCCAGAGAGUUUUGAGAUGUACUACAGUGGAUCUACUUCAGAGGCACUGCAGAGGGCUUCAGAGGUGCUGUCUGUUUACUGGGAGCUGGUGACAACGAGCGCCGCACCAGUAGACUGGAGAUGCCAGCACGAAUACACAGAAAUCUUUGGCUCUACUACAAAGCUAUACACAGAGUCAACUUCAGAACAUUUAACAGACAGUUAUGCUAGGAACUCGGUGAAGGCCUCGCAGAGAAGACCAGACAGAGACCUGUACAAGCUUGGCUUCAUCAUCGUCUCCAUCUUCGGAGGACUGCUGUUCAUUCUCACUCUCUAUUGUCUCAUUACACAAAAGAGAGCUCACACCCCUCACAGAUCAAGAUCAUAUACAAACUCAAGCAGAGACCUGCAGGACAUUGGGAUGGAGCAACAAUAAAGUAGUAAAGAGCACAUCGCUGCUGCAGCAGAAGGAGCACUUGUGAAGCUGCACAUUUUAUCCAUCCGAACAAGUUUUCAUAUCAGUAUUGUGUGUGUAAUGUAUCAUGCUGA